AUGGCGGCUCCUCACCAGCCACCUCGGCAAUACGUCGAGAACGAAGGCUACGUCGGCGACAGAAAUGCCAUGCCGGAAUCUGCCAACGACCCCGCUACCAACGAAGUCGAUGAAGAGGAUGAGGACUACGAUGAUCUGUUCGAGUCCGACCUUUCUGAGACGGAAAUAUCUGCCUCAAACCCAUCGGACUUUACGAAAGCCUACAAUCGCCAACGAAAACUCAACGACAACUCCAUCCCCGCAGACCAGAAACCAAAAACGAACCCCCAGCUCAACACGAAAGCGGCCAUAGACGACCACAUCAAGAGUUUGGCACGACAUACUGCUAAGCUGAAUGUCAACGCCAUCGAGAGCGGUGCCACAAAAAGCCAUGGGGGUGCUGAGAAGUCGGAUAGAGCCACAAGCGAGCAGGUGCUUGAUCCACGAACACGAAUGAUCUUGCUGCAAUUGUUGAACAGGAAUAUCGUGUCCGAGAUCAACGGUGUGCUAUCAACAGGAAAAGAGGCGAAUGUCUAUCAUGCGGCGACGAUCCCCGAAGAAGGCGAGAAGGUUCUCAACCGAGCGAUCAAGGUCUACAAGACAAGCAUUCUGGUGUUCAAAGACAGGGACAAGUACGUGACGGGCGAGCACAGAUUCAGGAGUGGCUACAACAAGAGCUCGAAUCGAGCAAUGGUGAAAGUUUGGGCAGAGAAAGAGUUCCGAAACUUGCGAAGGAUACACCAGGCUGGCAUACCUUGUCCAGAGCCAGUGUAUCUCAAGGCACAUGUCCUAGUCAUGUCGUUCCUCGGUAACAGCAAAGGAUAUCCAGCACCGCGGCUACGUGAUGUUGAGUUUGACGAGACCAGGACACCAGAGGAGAUUGCGCAGAAAUGGUCGACAAUCUACAUCGAGCUGCUCAGCUACAUGCGGAUCCUGUACCAGGUCUGCAGGCUGGUGCAUGCAGAUCUAUCAGAGUACAAUCUCUUGUACUACAAAGAUACAUUGUACGUGAUCGAUGUCUCGCAAUCGGUGGAACACGAUCACCCCAGAUCGCUGGAAUUCCUGCGCAUGGAUAUCAAGAAUGUUUCCGACUUCUUCAAACGCAAAGGAGUGGAUACACUGUCAGAACGAUCUGUCUUUGGCUUCAUCAUGGCAGGAAGCGGAAGCACAGAAAUGUCAGGUAUGAAGGAGACACUGGAGAAAAUGUUUGAAGUGGAAGCACAAGCCGGCAAGCAAGAUACCGAAGUCGACGAUGAAGUCUUUCGUCAGCAGUACAUUCCGCAAACGCUACGAGAAGUCUACGACAUUGAACGCGAUGCCGAAGUCAUCAAGAAGGGAGACGGUGAUGGGCUUGUUUACCAAGACUUGCUGGCGGACAAGACGGUGCAGAACGGUGCGGACCAUUCAGAGUCAUCUGAGCAGGAUGACGAAGACGAUGAUGCUGAUUCGGAGGAUGACUCUGGGAGCCAAGUGUCCGAAAGCGCCUUCGACAAGGGUCCUCCGCGAGGCAAGAAGCACGAGGACAAGGAGGCCAAGAAAGCGCACAAGCAAGCUGUCAAGGAAGAGAAGAGGGAGAAGAGAAAGGAAAAGAUACCCAAGCAUGUUAAGAAGAAGAUGAUCUCUUCCAGCUCGAGAGGAAAGAAGUAG